AUGAACGAUCCAUUUGUCGCACUUUGGACAAUAACCGAACACAAUGGUACGGUUCUCUUCGCUCACUGUGUGGGAUGCAUGGCGGGUCAAGGGGAGUGCUGCUCGCAUAUCGCAAGUGUUUUGUUCUACAUCGAGGCAUGGAAUCGGAUAAACGAAAAAUUAACCUGUACACCGGUAAAAUGCACUUGGCUGUUACCCACCGCUGUGAAAGAGAUUGCUUAUGCCCCAAUCGAUGACAUUGAUUUUCGCUCAGCAAAGAAACUUAAGCGAAAUUUGGAUGAAACCAUCAACAAUUUGACGACUACCAAAGGAAGUACAGGCAGUCAUUCUAGUGAGGUGGCGAAGGUGGCAGCUCCCGUCCCAGGUGAUACUGAACUAAUGAACUUUUAUGCAGAACUGAAUUCUUGCAAGACUAAGGCUGCGGCUUUAAGCUUGAUUCACCCCUUCUCGGAUGCUUUUGUUUCUAAGAGCAGAAACGUACCAACUAUCUCAGAUUUAUUUGACAAGAAGUACCUAGACUUCGAGUAUCAUGACCUACUCAAGGCGUGUGAAAAAAUUUCCCCAAAAAUCACUGAUGAAGAGGUGAGGCUCAUAGAGGAAGAUACCAGAAGCCAAAUCACUGAUGAAGAGGUGAGGCUCAUAGAGGAAGAUACCAGAAGCCAGUCAAAGGGCUCUACCUUCUAUCGUCACAGGGCUGGGAGAAUUGGGGCAUCAAUUAGCAAAGCAGCAUGUCACACAAACCCAGCACAGCCCUCACAAUCACCAGGAGCCCAUCAAAUGGAGCCUCCAUCUCCAUUACUUUCUUGAGUCAACCCUUUCCCGAGUAGAUAUAUAAAUAGAACGGCUUGUUUCCCGCGAAAAGUGUCGAAUUUCCGUGAGUCUCGUAUGUCACCGUGAAAAAAUAAAGUUGGAUGAAGUCGAACUCAGAAGCCUGUCCUUUGACCGUUUUCCUUUUUUACUAUACGUCCAUUUUUACGAUUUUACAGCUGCUGGGAUCUGGGUAUCAUGAAAUAAAAGUUAAUGAAUUACCCGACUGAGACUGAGCAUGAAGCAAUGGGACAAAAGCAGCGAACUGAGGAUCACGGAAAGGUUAUCUGUCUUACCUUUGCCAGUCCUUUUUUUUUUUUUUUUUGCCGUCAUACAUCCCACAUGCAAGCAUGCACUUCGAAAAGAGUCAACGAUUAAGCGUUCUGUGGACGAUUUGGAACUUUUCAAUGAUCAGCGCCGAAAAAGUGCCAGGAUCAUUCGAUUUUUGUCAUCACCGUGGAGUGGAUUUCGGCUGUUAAGUAAUCUAAGUAGCAACUAACGAGGAAUGCUUUACUUCCGAAAUUUGAGAAAUUGCAGUCUUUCUUUAUAGCUGACUUGUAUUACCAUGAGUGGUGCCUGAUAAAACUGGCACUUGAAAAGUUGAACAGAAGAGAACAGUUGCUCGACUGUGAAGCCAACUCAAAAGUAAUUUGCUAACGGAGGAAUUUGUGACAUCGCACCCCAGUCCAAAGACUCACUUUUCUCAAGAAAAACAAAAUGGACUGUAUCUACGCCAAAAAAUUAUGACUGACUAACAGGACAAUUCUCAGCAGUUAAUGUAGAAGUUUAAGCUGAAUUCUUUUCUUCGAAUUCGCAUCUGUAGAUCACUUUUCGAGAGAAAACAAUGCUAAAUAGCUGGGCCCGGCGUUAAAAAACAUAGCAGGGAAUCAUCACACUAGCUGGCGGGCAAAAAAACCAGAAGGACUACAAUUAUGUAUUCUGAUAAACUCAUUUCGGAAAAAAAAAACCUUGAAAAACUAGAAAUUUGAUUAAUAUUGAGUCAUUUAGCCGAAAUAAGAACCUCAACGCUUAAAAAAAUGGCUAAAGAAAACGAAUCCUGUCAGAACUACAGACUUCAGGAAGUAGUUAAUCAUUAUGCAUGGAACAGACCAGCUUCAUGGCCUCUUAAUGUGAGACAAGCAGCCAAAAUCAAGUUUAACAUAGUCAGAGUUUAAGAAUCUCCAUGGUAUAAUCUACCCGCUAGAAAGAAAAGAAAGAAAAUCUCUGAGGGAUGAAAACGCGAAAGUCACGUUUCACUAGCUUAUGAUUGUGUUUGGCCUGUCAACAACGAACUUCCUGCUGUUUGAUGAAGAACAAUAGCACUGUCAGUUCGUCGUUGUGAUUGGCUUUUCCCACCGUCGGCGCGCGAAGUCUCCUCUGGGAACCGUUCUAAUUACAAAUCUACUCGGGAAAGGGUUGACUCCAAGGGCUUGUAUGGGAGAUGGAGGCUCCAUUUGAUGGGCUCCUGCAAUCACUUAUUAAAACAAUUUGUUACCCAAACAUUUUCACAUUUAGUACAGAGGCUACAAAACAUGGUUGUAAACAUGAAAGUGCUGCUAUUGAAGCUUAUGAAAAGAUCAUGAAGGAAAAGCACAUCAACUUUCAAGUAACGAAAUGUGGCAAGUUUAUCAAUAAACAGUAUCCAUGGUUACAUGCCACACCUGACUUUUUGUGUAGGUGUGAUUACUGUGGGGAUGGACGUGGGGAGGUAAAAUGCCCCUAUUGUUUAAAGGAUACAGACUUGGAGCAGUUUAUUAACAAAUACAACUCUUGUUUGAAGUCAGAAAAUGGAGAUGCAAGUCUAAAAAGGGAACAUGCCUACUAUUACCAAACCCAACAGCAAAUAUUCACUACUGGAAAGCUUUACUGUGACUUUGUCGUUUGUGGUUUUCAUGAGCAAAUUGAUCUCUUCUGUGAAAGAAUUUUGCCUGAUGUCAGCCACUGGCACUCUUUUGUUUCCAAACUUAAUCACUUCUGGAGAUACUGUGUGCUACCAGAAAUUCUGGGAAGGUGGUAUACUCAAAAGCGCAGUUUGUCUCAUUCAUCACCUGAUCCCAAUUCUGCUUGUUUUUGCAGACUGGCAACUGGAGGGCCUGUGGUAACAUGCACAAACCAAGCAUGCCCCAUUUCUACUUUUCAUUUAUCUUGUUUGAAAAUUACAAAAGUACCAAGCAAGUGGUUUUGCCCCCUGUGCCAAAAAACACCAGCAGCCAAAAAUGAAAAAUCAAAAUGCAGACAGACAAUAGAUAUUUUGGAUGAAGCUUUCAAAUUAGAUUUUAUCUGCACGUGCAAACAGAAGCCACUGUGUUCAGAUAAACUGCUGAAAUGCCAUAACCCAUUUUGUCAAAGAGGAAAGUUUUCUCAUUUGCUCUGCUUAAACUUCAAGCGGAUGCCGAACAAUGCAAUGACAACUUGGGAAUGUAUGGUAUGUAAAUCAGGAGGAAAAACUGAACAAAGCAAAAAAGUUGUUAAUGACUCGAUCUUUCAAUACAUCUGA